AUGGAUAAAUCAUUGGAAGAACUUUCAUGCAAGCUAAAAACAUUAAAGUUUCGGAUGAACAAGACCAAUGACGUUAUCGAUAAAAGGGAUAAGGAGGCUCUGGAGUGGCAACGUUUAUCUGUCGUGUCAAGUGCAACGGUAGUAAACACCAUUAAAGAGACCAUUGAAGAGAGCAUGUUUGCGAAGGGAGAAACAGAAGAAAAGGUAAAACAAUGGUCACAGGAAGUCGAAGUUUUGUUGCCUGAGGCAGAUCAAUGCACCUGUUUGAUCACCAACGAAGAGGCUGCUCAAGAGAGUGUGAUGUUAAAAGAACAACAGCAGAAGUUGCAGUUUGAGAAAGAAUUGACAGAGCAACAAUUACGUCAAGAGCAAGAAUCUGUUGAAGAGAAAAGAAAACUUGACCUGGACCAUCAUGAAAGGCUGAAAGAGGCACAACAAAGCUCAACCCCGCAUGAAACUGGUCCUGUAAAAAUGCCAAAGCUGGUUAUAACUAAAUUUGAUGGAACACCUCAAGACUGGGUCAGAUUUUGGGGACAAUUCCAUGUACAGAUUGACAAAUCCAAUGUGGAUCCUGUUACGAAGUUUUCAUACCUAAAGGAGCUAGUGGAAAUUAAGGUAUGCAAAUUAAUUGAUGGGCUCCUGUUUACAGAUGAAGGAUAUGAAAAAGCGAAGAGUCUUUUGGAGAAAAAAUAUGGAGAAUCGAGUGAAGUAGUUGGUGCAUAUGUGAGAAGUAUACUGGAGUUACUGACCAUACAAAAAAGAGACGUAGUGAAAAUACACAACUUUUAUGAAACACUGCUAUACAAUGUUGAGUCAUUACAAACAUUGGACAGUCUUGGUAAACUGGACGCGGCAGUUAGAUUCACCGUGGACAAAUUCGAUGCGAUUCGGAGCAAAUUAGCGAUGACUAAUGAAAACUGGAACAAAUGGACCUUUGGACAAUUUGUUGAAGCUCUCGGAAAGUGGACGAAAAACAAUCCAGUAAAAGAUAGUCAACAGAAGAAGUUUCCAAGAGAAAGGGGUAGAUCAUUUUUUUGCAAAUAGAGACAAUGGUAAUGUGUAUCACAUGAAGCCCUUAGUACCACAAAGCCCUUAAUUGUGACAAAGUUGUUCAAUGUGAAGACCGGAAGAAAAUCUUCGCAGAAAAGCAUCUGUGCUUCAACUGUGCGGGGGGCAAACACAGAGCUGUGGAUUGUAAGAGCAAGAGUAGAUGCCAAACAUGCGGUGGAAAAUAUCACACUACAAUUUGUGACGAAAAUACAGAAUGUAAACAACCUGGUAUGACCGCCAAUCAUGUUGGCCGAAGCAAAGUGGUACAUCUAGUGGUAGUUGUGCACAUCAAUGGUUACAAAUUUCGAGCCUUAAUGGAUAGCAGUGCCACCGCGUUGACAACAGCUAUUGAUCUUAGUGGUGCUAAGGUGAAAUCGACUAGCUUUCGUCAAAUUGCUAUGCUAAUGGUAAUCACAACCAGAACGAUGCAAGUGUAUAACAUUCAAGUCAGUUCCUUAGCCAACAAUUUUAGCUUGAAUGUAAAUCUCACGAAGAUUGAGAACAGGGAACUUUUGUCAUUGGAGAACCCUCACUACAGCACACUCAUUCAAGAAUACAAGCAUCUUAAAGAAGUACAUAUCGAUGAUGAUGAUCCCAAGGAUCUUCUUCCAAUUCAUCUCAUCUUUGGCGCAAAUGACUAUGCAAAGAUACGCACCAGAGAGAAACUACUCGUGGGUCGCAUGGGGGAGCCUGUGGCAGAACCUACAAGAUUCGGUUGGGCUAUGAUGUCACCGGGCGCGGAACAAGAAACAACAGUUGGUUGCUUGGCUGUUAAUUCGACAACUGACUACGAUAACCUCUGUUCAUUGGAUAUACUUGGACUGGCUGAUACUCUCGAUCACAAGGAGCAUUUCAUAGACGAGUAUGCUUUUCCAAACGUGACAAAAAUAUCAAGUUGUUAG